AUGACUGCUAAAGCACACAGCUCAGGAAACUCUCACAGCGGUGUUCACCCGUGGACUCAAGAUGUGGGUUUGAAGAAGCUGUGUACUCUUUUGAGGAAUGAAGGAGACCGCGUUCUCAGCGGCAGUUCUGCAUUUACCCUGACCACUGAAGUACUGACACGGCUGAACCAUGACUGCCGACGACACAGUAUCACCGAGAGUGACAUUGCUGCAGCAGAGAUAUCGCCAGGUGGCAGAAGCUUUUUACCUCUGGCAAGUAGACUGAGAGCCCAACAGGCAGCAGCCAGAGUUAAAGAGGAAUGGAGUGGUCAUGUUCAGUUCAUAAAGGAUUUCAUGUUGAGCACACCUAGUUUGAAACUGAUCCGGUACUCUGGCACGCUCAGCUCCCCAAUUUCCCUUCAUCGCUUCGGCAAUCUUACAUGCCUUCAGCUUCGAAAGGUGCCCAUACAUAUGGUGGAAGGUCUGCACCGCUUGCGUGGCGUCCUUGUCUCUGUGACAGUAUACAGAAGUGUGGACAAAGUCAAGGAUUUGCUGGAGUUCUGUGGAGGAGACAUGACUGCUGCGAUGGUGUGGCCUCAACUAAAAUAUGUCUCUUUCAUGUUUAAUUCCAUAUCUGCGCUGGAUGACUCAUUGAGACUUCUCACACAUGUUGAGGUGUUAGACCUAAGUCACAAUUCACUUGAGACCUGCGACAAGUUUUUAGAGACUCUGAAUAUUGAAAUAUUAUUGUUAGACUGUGUGAAUAUUGGAAUGUUAUUGUUAGACUGGGUAGAGGUGUUAACGGCUUUGCAAGAACUGGACUUGGGAGAAAAUUGCGUUAGUGACCACAGCCGAUUGAAUAAUUUAGCUUCCUUAGUUAGAUUAAAACAGCUGCAACUAGAUGGCAACCCUGUGUUUUAUCACAAACAGCACAGACUGUUAACAGUUGCCUGUUUGGCUUUGACGGCUGUUAGUCUCGAGUUUGAGCUAGACAAGAAGAGACUUACAGCAUCAGAAAUUUCAAAAGCAGCUGUGAAAAGAUGCAGAGCAUCACACUUGUCUUACAUUAGAGAGGUAACAGCCAGGAGUCAUACGCCAGAUAGUGGCUACUAUGUGUCAGCAUCUUCAGACAUUGGCACAGAGAAUGAAAGUGAAAAUUCAGUGGUGACUUAUACGAGUAAAAAGAAAGGCAGGCGCAAGAGACUAAAAGCCAGACACAUGGAAAUAUCUGACGCGGAGCACUCCGAGGACAUAUCUUCGAGUCGGGAUGUGACUCCAGGAACAACCCCCCACCCUCAGAGUCUUGAGCAGCAGCUGAAAGCCAGCAGAGAGGAGGCCAUGCACACACAGAGAGAGGUGGAGGAUCUCAGGAGGCAUUAUGGAUCUAACUGGCUACAGGCAAUUGAAGACAGAGAUAUAUUCAACAAGAAAAAAGCAGCCCUAGUCGCUCUAACAGUGGAGUCAUCGGACUUGGAAAACACUGAGUCGGAUAACGGCGGUGGCACCAAGUUUAUUAUUGGCUCUAAAAGUAACAGUGGUUUUGAUAAAAAAUCUGACACUAGAAGAGAAGAUGAUAAACACAGUACCUGCUGGUCAAAUAGGUGUGUUGAUGAGGAAGUCAUUCCGACAGAUGACGACCUGUACCUCACAGACACAGGCAUCAGAGACACGCAUAACCCAAUCAUGGCUGCAAUUGCCAGAUUGGCUGCUGGGCACUCAAGCGAUAGUACCGAUGAAGGGAAUAAAUCUGGCAUGGGGGUUGCAGCAUUCUCGUCUCUCAAGACUGAAGCAGAAAACAGUGAAAGUGAAGUUAGACAUUCUUUCAUUGGUGUAAUAACAAACCACAGUAGAUAUGUGUUGACAAAUGCACCAUCUUUUUCUGAAUUUGAAGCUUCAGAUAAUAUAGAUGCAGAAAUUGGCAGUAAAAAUGAUUUGGUUACAAACCACAAAACUGGGGAGAAUGAUACUAGACCUAUUUCACCAAGUAAUGUACCUCAGAUGGCUAACAAGUUCACAGGGAAUAAUGGGUCUCUGUGUUCCCAACCUGCUGAACUCAGUUCUCAGAGCGAAGCACUUGCUCCUAAAACAGUCAGGGAUCUUAACACUUCAGCCACAGGCAAAGCCAAGAUAGGUUUUGAUUGUACUCCAUCUCAGACUAGCCCUCCCAGCUCGCCGGAUUUGGUAGACGAAGAAGAGGAAGAAGUGAUAGAACCAGUGUUUGCAACACUUUCUUCGCAAGCCAACGAGAUGAUCAUCUUGUCUCUGACAGCUUCCUUCUUGGUCGAGAAGAAUAUCCAGGGGAAGGUGACAGAGAAGCUACAGCUGGCCAGUCUGACAGGCAUGGACUGGAGGAAGGUAACCAGACCACUCAACCAGUCCGAGAGCAGUGCAGAUGUUACAAGGCCAGAUGACCACGUGAAGUUGUUGAGAGGGGAAGCUGUGGACAUGGCUGAGAGCUUUCAGCUAGACCUCAAGUUUGACUAUGUAAGGAGAAAUCGGCAGAGCCGAAGCUAUAUCGUGGAUGCCACAGAUGGAAAUGUAAUUCUUGGAUACCUUCAGCCUUUCUUAGAAUCAAGGGAGGAUCGGGAGAAAGCCAAGAUUAUGGUUCCCAUGCAGUGCCUUAAAUGCAAUCGGACAUUUCUGAAGAGUGAAUUGAUCCAGCAGAGAAGCCAGUUGCCAACUUCAGGAAGUAGCAAGGAUAUACAGUCCCUCCAAGAGUUGUUGAACAAAACUACCAUGCUGUGUCCCAAAUGUGGAAGUUCACUCAUCAUUGAGCUCCAGCAACCGCCCUCCACUGACAAGUCAACAGGGUCUGCCAUGUCAACACCUGUGGGAUCAUACGCCUCUUUGACUGGGGGCUACAUGGACCAGGUCAAGAGACCUUCUUCUCUUGCACGGAAGAAAAGCUUGGAUAUGACAACAGCAGUCAGAGACAGAACUAGUGCCCUUAUCACAGACACGAGGGUCGUGCACACUUCUAUGGAUCAGAAGAUAACAGAGAAAAAGGUGAGCUUCUGUGUGUAG